UACUAAUACCAAGGGAUUACUAAUCCCCUCCCUAUCUCUCAAAACAAACACCACAUUCUCAGUCCCUUCCUCGUUAUCAAACCUAAUCCCCCUCCCUAUAACCCAAACAAACGGGGAGUGGGCUCACCUUCUACAAGUUGCUCAACUGCACCAAGAUAUUCCAGAAGUUCCAUGUGCCCACAGGUGAGAAAGAUAAGAGAAACAGAAAGUAAUAAAGAAGCAGCAAAUCAUUGUCCCUCGUGAAUCAUGAUAAACAAUCAAUCACAUACAAUUAUUAAAGCUACUCAAGAGAAAGUUGAGUGAAAAAUGGAGACCAAGUGGAAGAAAAGUUGCUCUUCAUGUCUCCACCUGACAACACUACUAGCAGUACUACUACUUCAAAGUGUUUUUGCUGCUGAAGAAAAUGGUAUUGAUCAACAUUGGCAUUGCAAUGGUUCAAUGGGAUUCUGUGAUGAAAUUGGUGACAAAAAGGUGCCGAUGAAGUUGGAGAUGAGUCGGAGGUUUCUUGAAGCAACUAAAUACAUCACUCUAGGGGCUCUGAAGCCCAAUCUACCUGUCUGUGGUGGUGAUGGUGAAAGAGGAGCUCCUUACAGUAGGAGCUGCCUUCCUCCACCAUCAAACCCUGAGAGCAGAGGCUGUUCCCAGUACUACAGGUGUAGGAAAUAACCACUUGGUUUCUCUCAUGUGGUUUGCUGAUGGAUGGGAAAUAGACAAUCAACACGGGUUGUUCAGUCUCUAAAUCUUUGUUUGUGUCCUAAUGCACUUCUAACUAUCAUAUCAUAUCUCUAGACUUGUGUGUUGCGAGGCAUUGAGAUAAGAAGAUAGAGAAAUUUGGAGACAGAAGAUCAUUAUCCAUUAAUUAUAUGCAUGCAUGAAGUCUAAAUGUUGAGUUUGUGACAUUGUCCAUGUUUGGUAGUAUUUUUUUGUUUUCUGUGUUUGUUUUCUCUUUUGCUGCUCUCUCAUUGUACAAUACAAGGCAUGUAUGGCCUUAAGUAAUUGUUUAGAAUUAGUAUAUGAAUGCAAAUAGGCUAUUACUCU